UCGUGAUGGUUCGCAUUAAGCUCCUUCUGACUCAGCCCACGUCUUUGCACCAUACUUUCUCGCACACUUGCACUUCGUUUACAAGAAAAUUUGCAACCAAAGCGCAACAUUAGAAUUUAGAUUUUUAGAGCUACCUAUCUUGAUAUGCUAUGUUUCCCAAGGCGCCAUGAGGCAUCGGCAAGUUCAGAUUUACAUUUUGCAGCAUCAACUUUUGAAAUUUGUUUCUUAGAAUACCAUGUUUUAAUGCAACACGCCAGUGGUUGGAAUCGAUAUGCCCAGUGCCAAAUUUUCAGGUUUGCUGAAACAGAAAUCGAUAAUGAAAGCCUGGAAAUCAAAAGAAUGAUCAGAGAUUAGAAGAGCGGAGGAAAAGAACAGCCCAGAAAGAUGGCAUCAAAUCAAGCACACAAUCCAUCGAAGAAGGCGAUCCGCAGCCCGGGAGGAGGUGCUGGCUCUCAGAGCAGCCGGAACACGACCGGGCAGACGGUGAAGUUCGCCAGGAGGACGUCAAGCGGACGGUAUGUGAGCCUCUCAAGGGAGGAUAUCGACAUGUCGGGCGAGCUGUCGGGGGACUACACGAACUACACGGUCCAGAUUCCGCCGACGCCGGACAACCAGCCAAUGGAUGGAACGGAGGCGCAAUCCGUGGCGAUGAAGGCCGAGGAGCAGUACGUGUCGAACUCGCUCUUCACUGGGGGAUUCAACAGCGUCACGAGGGCACACCUCAUGGACAAGGUGAUCGAUUCGGAGGUGAGCCACCCCCAGAUGGCCGGCGCCAAAGGCUCCAAGUGCGCCAUGCCUGCCUGCGAUGGCAAGGUCAUGCGGGACGAGCGGGGGGAGGACAUCGAUCCUUGUGAAUGCAGGUUCAAGAUAUGCAGAGACUGCUACAUGGAUGCCCAGAAGGACGGAGGCGCAUGCCCUGGCUGCAAGGAGCCCUACAAGAUAGGAGACCUCGAGGACGAUGUGCCCGACUUCAGCGCCGGCGCCCUCCCUCUCCCCGCCCCCGGCAAUGCCAAGGCCGACGGCCGCAUGUCGGUGAUGAACUCGAGCAAGUCGCUGCUGAUGCGGAGCCAGACGGGCGAGUUCGACCACAAUCGCUGGCUGUUCGAGACCAAGGGAACCUACGGCUACGGCAACGCCUUCUGGCCCAAGGACGGCAUCUACGAAGAUGACAUCGACGAGGGCAUCGGCGACGGCAUCCCCGACACCACGGACAAGCCUUGGAAGCCCCUCACUAGAAAAAUUCCGAUGCCCGCUGCCGUCAUCAGCCCUUACAGGCUGCUUAUAUUUGGUCGGCUGGUCGCCCUCUUCUUCUUCCUGGGGUGGAGAGUGAAGCAUCCAAAUGAAGAAGCGAUGUGGCUUUGGGGAAUGUCGAUUGUGUGCGAGAUUUGGUUCGCCUUCUCGUGGCUGCUCGAUGUGCUCCCCAAGCUGCGCCCGAUUAACAGGGAGACGAACCUGUCGGUCCUCAAGGACAAGUUCGAGACGCCGUCCCCGGACAACCCCAAUGGGCGGUCUGACCUCCCCGGAGUCGAUGUCUUCGUGUCGACAGCCGACCCGGAGAAGGAGCCCCCGCUUGUCACUGCGAACACCAUCCUAUCAAUCCUGGCCGUGGACUACCCGGUGGAGAAGCUGGCAUGCUACGUAUCAGAUGAUGGAGGGGCUCUCCUCACCUUCGAGGCCAUGGCGGAGGCUGCCAGCUUUGCCAACAUCUGGGUUCCCUUCUGCCGGAAGCAUGACGUCGAGCCGAGGAACCCGGACAGUUACUUCAACGUGAAGGGCGAUCCGACCAAGAACAAGCGGCGGACGGACUUCGUGAAGGAUCGGAGGAAGGUGAAGAGGGAGUACGACGAGUUCAAGGUGAGGGUCAAUGGACUGCCGGAUUCCAUCCGGAGGCGGUCCGAGGCGUUCAAUGCCCGGGAGGAGAUGAAGAUGUUGAAGCACAUGAGGGAGGGCGGCGGCGACCCGCUCGAGCCGAUCAAGGUCCAGAAAGCCACGUGGAUGGCCGACGGGACACACUGGCCUGGGACCUGGGCCAUUUCCUCCCCCGAGCACUCCAAAGGAGAUCAUGCCGGCAUCCUCCAGGUGAUGCUGAAGCCGCCCUCAGCUGAUCCACUGUUCGGGCUGCCGGACGAGGAGCAGAUGAUCGACUUCAGCGACGUGGACAUCCGGCUGCCGAUGAUGGUGUACGUGUCGCGGGAGAAGCGGCCAGGGUACGACCACAACAAGAAGGCAGGGGCGAUGAACGCGCUGGUGCGUGCGUCGGCCGUCAUGUCCAAUGGCCCCUUCAUCCUCAACCUGGACUGCGACCACUACAUCCACAAUUGCCAGGCCAUCCGCGAGGGGAUGUGCUUCAUGAUGGACCGCGGCGGCGAGCGCAUCUGCUACAUCCAGUUCCCCCAGCGGUUCGAGGGCAUCGACCCCUCCGACCGCUACGCCAACCACAACACCGUCUUCUUCGACGGCAACAUGCGCGCCCUGGAUGGAAUCCAGGGCCCAGUGUACGUGGGAACUGGCUGCAUGUUCCGGCGGUUUGCGUUGUAUGGAUUCGACCCUCCAAGUACGGUGGAGUACAAAGGGUGGUUCAUCAAGAAAGGAAGGAAAGAUAUGUAUCCCGCGGACGCGGAGGCGGAGACGCAGUCAUUGAGGGCGGAGGAUUUUGACGGGGAGCUCAAUGCAGCCCUCAUGCCUAAGCGCUUCGGCAACUCGGAAGCCCUUGCGGAGUCCAUUCCGAUCGCCGAGUUCCAGGGCCGGCCGCUCGCAGAUCACCCAGGGAUCAAGUAUGGCCGCCCACCCGGUGCCCUCAGGGUCCCUCGCCCAACCCUCGAUCCUCACACCGUUGCCGAGGCUGUCUCGGUCAUUUCCUGCUGGUACGAGGACAAGACGGAGUGGGGAGACCGCGUGGGGUGGAUCUACGGGUCGGUGACGGAGGACGUCGUGACGGGGUUCAGGAUGCACAACCGGGGGUGGCGGUCCGUGUACUGCGUCACCAAGCGCGACGCCUUCCGAGGGUCGGCCCCCAUCAACCUGACGGACCGGCUGCACCAGGUGCUCCGCUGGGCCACCGGCUCCGUGGAGAUCUUCUUCUCACGCAACAACGCCCUCCUCGCCUCCUCCCGGCUCAAGUUCCUCCAGCGCAUCGCCUACCUCAACGUCGGCAUCUACCCAUUCACCUCCAUCUUCCUCCUCGUCUACUGCUUCCUCCCCGCCCUCUCCCUCUUCACCGGCCACUUCAUCGUCCAGACCCUCAGCGUCGCCUUCCUCGUCUACCUCCUGAUCAUCACCGUCUUCCUCAUCUGCAUCGCCAUUCUGGAGGUCAAGUGGUCCGGCGUCGGCCUGGAGGAGUUCUGGCGGAACGAGCAGUUCUGGCUCAUCUCCGGCACCAGCGCCCACCUCUACGCCGUCGUCCAAGGCCUCCUCAAGGUCAUUGCUGGGAUCGAGAUCUCCUUCACCCUCACCUCCAAAUCGGCGGGGGACGACGCGGAGGACAUCUAUGCCGACCUCUACAUCGUCAGGUGGACGUCGCUCAUGAUACCGCCCAUCACCAUCAUGAUGGUGAACAUCAUCGCGAUUGCUUUCGGGUUUGCCAGGACCGUGUACAGCGAGGUGCCCAACUGGAGCAAGCUCAUGGGAGGGGCUUUCUUCAGCUUCUGGGUGCUCGCCCAUCUCUACCCCUUCGCCAAGGGAUUGAUGGGAAGACGAGGGAAGACACCCACCAUUGUGUUCGUGUGGUCAGGGCUGAUAGCCAUCACCCUGUCCCUGCUUUGGAUUUCGAUCAGCCCACCCCAGGGCGGGGGGGCGGCAGCGGCAGGUGCAACCUUUCAGUUUCCAUGAAUCCCAUUCGUAGCGUGGAGCUUUUUCCAUCUCUUUGCUCUGUUCUGAAAGAAAUGGACGAACCAUCGCAGAUCGAUGGGCUUUCGAUCGUUGUUUUGCGUCGGAGAUGGUCAGGAUUGGAUCGCAGCAAAUGAAAUAUUUUUUUAGAUCAGCAUGGAUGAUUUUGCCCGCUACAGAUCAGAUCAGGGGAACACUUAGGAAAACUCUCUGUGAACAAUUUAUUGAUUUUGUACUCCUCGUUCCAGAGUUUUUGCUUUUACGAAGCGUAGGGUAUGCAUGUAUAUUCUUUUCCCCUCCUUUUGAAGGUCUAUUAAUGUAAGAUUGUAACUAUGAAGACAUCUUUUUCUAGA